AUGGCGGUUGCGCACAGAAAGCUCAUGCAGAACAGGCAAGUAGGGUCUCUUCUCUUUUUUGUGUGCAUAUCUGUGGGAAGUGCAGCAACCAUCCGCUACUCCGUGGCAGAAGAGAUGGAGAGCGGUUCGUUUGUGGCUAAUGUGGCUAAGGACCUGGGGCUGGAGGUAGGGAAGCUGGCUGCGCGCGGGGCGCGGCUGGUUUCCGAGGGCAACAAAGUGCACUUCCGGCUCCACCGCAAGACAGGGGAUCUGUUCGUGAAGGAGAAACUGGAUAGGGAGUCACUCUGUGGCAAAGCUGACCCGUGUGUUCUGCAUUUUGAAAUAGUCUUGGUGGAGCCACUGCAGUCCUUUCGUGUCGAGGUCAGGGUAUUUGAUAUCAAUGACAAUGCCCCGAUUUUCCUAAACAAGGAGCCGCUUUUAAAGAUUCCGGAGAGUACCCCCUUGGGUUCACGUUUUCCUCUGCAGAGUGCCCAGGAUCUGGACGUGGGCCUCAAUGGUCUCCAAAACUACACCUUAAGCCCCAACAAGUAUUUCCACCUGCAUACCCGCUUUCGCAGCCAUGGGCCCAAAUACGCUGAGCUGGUGCUGGAUAAGCCCCUGGACAGAGAGGAGCAGCCUGAAGUCAACUUGACAAUUACAGCGGUGGAUGGCGGGUCCCCUCCCAAAUCUGGCAUCGCUCACAUCCGUGUGGUCGUUCUGGACGUCAAUGACCACGUGCCUCAGUUCUCCAGAUUGGUGUACCGUGCUCAGGUACUAGAAAAUAGUGCCAAUGGUUCUUUGGUGGUCACUGUGAGUGCCACAGACCUGGAUGAGGGCUCCAACAAGGAUAUAACUUAUUCCUUAUCUCAAAACCCAGAAGCAAUUCUCCAGACGUUUCAGAUUGAUUCGCAGACUGGGGAUGUUCGACUAAGAGGGCCCCUAGAUUUUGAAGCAAUUGAAACAUAUGAUAUUGACAUUCAAGCCACCGAUGGAGGGGGCCUCUCUGCCCACAGCAAAGUCCUGGUGGAAGUGGUGGAUGUUAAUGACAAUCCUCCUGAAGUGACAAUCUCCUCUGUGUCCAGCCCUCUCCCUGAGGACUCCCCAUUAGAGACUGUAGUGGCCCUUUUCUCUAUCCGAGACCGGGACAUUCGAGUGGGAGGAAAAAUCAUCUGCUUCCUCAGAGAAGACCUUCCCUUUGCAGUCAAACCUACUUUCCGGAAUUCUUACUCUCUGGUUACUGACAGAGUCUUGGAUCGGGAAGAGGUCUCAGGCUACAAUAUCACAGUUGUUGCCAUGGAUACUGGGCCACCCAGUCUGUUCACAGAAACUGUGAUUGAGGUGCUAAUAUCUGACAUUAAUGACAAUCCCCCAAUAUUUCAGGAAGACUCAUACAUUUUGACUGUUCGAGAAAACAACAGCCCUGCAAUUUUUAUUGGCAAAGUUCAUGCUGAGGAUCUAGAUUUGGGUGAGAAUGCCCAAGUAACAUAUACUCUGCUUCCUCCAGAAAGUGGAGAUUUAUCAGUCUUUGCUUACAUCUCCAUAAAUUCAGACAAUGGGAAGCUCUAUGCACUGAGAACCAUGGAUUAUGAGGCCAUUCAAAAAUUUCAGUUUGUGGUAAAGGCAACUGAUGGGGGCUUCCUGUCACUGAGUAGCCAGGUUACUGUCAGAGUGGUUGUUCUGGAUGACAAUGACAACCGCCCAAUGAUCUUGUACCCACUGCAGAAUGGCACCUUGCCCUGCAAUGACCUAGUGCCCAGGUCUGCAGAGACAGGCUACCUGGUGACCAAGGUAGUGGCUGUGGACGGUGACUCAGGUCAGAAUUCUUGGCUUUCAUAUCAUCUCCUUAAGGCCACUGACACUGGGUUAUUCUCUGUUCAACAACAAAAUGGGGAAAUCCGUACACUGCGGCAGAUAGCUGAAAGAGACCCCGUGGUUCAGAAACUUACAAUUCUUGUUCAGGAUCAUGGCCAACCAGCUCUUUCCACUACUGCCUCACUCAACAUUUUGCUGGUAGAUGGGUUUUCUGAGCCCUAUCUACAGUUUCGGGAUCCAUCCAAGCAUCCUACAAGGGUAAAUCCAUCCACUAAAUAUUUGGUCAUUUCUCUGGCUGUGCUUUCCUUUCUCUUUCUCCUCUCUGUCACAGUGAUCUUUGUUAUACACAUCUACCAGAAGGUUAAAUAUAGAGAAAAGUGCACAGUUCAAGAGCAUUUCUAUGAUGACUGUAAUUUCCCUAACAACUUGGUACAAGAAGGAGCCAAUGGAUCUUUAUCUCAGCCAUGUCCCUAUGAAAUGUGCUCGGCCACUGGCACUGGCAAUAGUGAGUUUCGGUUCCUUAAGCGCUUUAUGCCCAACUUCCCCUUCCCACAUGGCACUGGAGAGGCAAAAACAGAGGCUGGCUCCAGCUUACCCCCAGAUUCUGGUAGGAAUAGGUCUCGGGGGUCAGAGGGCCAUGGCCAAGUACCUGAUGACUAUAUGUAG